GUGGUUAUGUUGAACACGAGCGAACCGCAGUUGCAUCAUCAAAUGCGUCCUAAAUUUUAAUAAAACGCGCAGUUUUGGGGACAAACUUAAGUGAAAAUGUUGAAAAACAGUCGAAGAUUGUCGUUUCUGUGUCUGGCUGCGCAGAGGGUGAGCCUGAGGACGGAAGUGCAGCGUCAAAUGCUUAAAAUACCGGGACCCGCGUGGGUGGCCCAAGUGCGAGGGAAGAAGGAUGAAUCCUCGUCUAAUCUCUCAGCCCUCUUCAAGCCAGUGCCAGUGAAAUCCAAUCCUGACGACAUUAACAUUGGAGCUGAACUCACAGGCAAUCUUGACAAGGCAGAACUACUGAAAGUGCUGAAUAAAUUCAGCCAAAAGAGAGAGAUAAAGAUGUUGUGCACAGAAAAUGGACUGGACAUUUAUUUGCAGCAACAGGCCUUUGCCAGUUUCCGGAGAUACUGCAUGGACGCGGACAAUCUUCCUGCAGACCUCCACAUAACAGUUAGUGACAUUCUCCAGGGCGCCGGUCAUGUCGAUGACCUCUUUCCCUACUUUCUGCGUCACGCCAAACAAAUCUUCCCUCAUUUGGACUGCAUGGACGACUUGAGGAAGAUCUCUGACUUGCGGACUCCGGCGAAUUGGUAUCCCAAUGCGAGAGCCAUCACAAGGAAAAUCAUCUUUCAUUCUGGACCCACAAACUCUGGAAAGACUUAUCACGCCAUGGAGAGAUUUCUCACAGCGAAAUCUGGAGUAUAUUGUGGUCCUCUGAAGCUCCUGGCUACAGAAGUGUUUCACAAGAGCAAUGAACGGGGGACAAGUUGUGAUCUAAUAACUGGAGAAGAGAGAAAAUUCGCCAGAGGAGACGGAUCCCCAUCUGUUCAUGUUUCCUGCACAGUGGAAAUGACGUCAGUAACACAUCCUUACGAAGUAGCAGUAAUUGACGAAAUUCAGUUGCUUCGAGACCCUCAGAGAGGCUGGGCAUGGACUCGAGCAUUCCUCGGACUCAUUGCUGAGGAGAUUCACGUGUGCGGCGAGGCAGGAUGUGCUGAUCUCCUUCAACAAAUCUGUGCCACAACAGGAGAGAGUCUCGAAAUUCGCCACUACAAGCGCUUAACGGAACUUUCAGUAGAAGAUCGAGCUCUUGGUACGCUAGAAAAUGUCCUCCCAGGAGAUUGCAUUGUGUGCUUCAGCAAAAAUGACAUCUACGCCGUGUCAAGGGAGAUUGAGGCCCGUGGAAAGGAAGUGGCCGUGAUCUACGGUGGAUUGCCGCCGGGAACAAAACUAGCCCAAGCAGCAAAGUUUAAUGAUAUCAACAACAGCUGCAAAGUCAUGGUCGCCACAGACGCUAUUGGGAUGGGAUUGAAUCUAAGCAUUCGCAGGAUUAUCUUUUACUCCUUGAUAAAGCCGACGAUGAAUGAGAAGGGAGAGAAGGAGAUGGACACGAUAUCUGUGUCUGCGGCGCUUCAGAUCGCUGGAAGAGCUGGACGAUAUGGGACUCAGUGGGAGGAAGGAUUCGUCACCACGUACAAGGCAGAGGAUUUGUCGACAUUGAAAACUCUUCUGAGAUCUAUUCCUGAGCCUCUAACGCAAGCAGGUCUCCAUCCAACAGCUGAUCAGAUCGAGCUGUACCAAUAUCACCUGCCCAAUUCCACUCUCAGCAAUCUCAUGGAUAUCUUCGUGUCGCUGUCCACUGUGGAUGACUCCUUGUACUUCAUGUGCAACACUGAGGACUUUAAAUUCCUGGCGGAGAUGAUUCAGCACGUGCCACUGCCUCUGAGAGCGCGAUAUGUCUUCUGUUGUGCUCCAAUCAACAGAAGAAUGCCAUUCGUGUGUUCGAUGUUUCUCAAAUUUGCCCGCCAGUACAGCAGAAACGAUCCCAUGACGUUCGACUGGCUGAUGAAUCACUGUGGCUGGCCAUUUGUCAUGCCGAGGACAAUUCUCGAUCUUGUGCAUCUGGAAGCGGUGUUUGAUGUCAUGGAUUUGUAUCUGUGGUUCAGCUACCGUUUCAUGGAUCUAUUCCCGGAUUCCAGAGCCGUGAGAGAUGCUCAGAAGGAGUUGGAUGACAUCAUUCAGCAAGGCGUGUUCCAGAUUACAAAGCUGCUGAAGAACAGUGAAACGGCAACGUCCAACAACACUCCAGAUGAGGACUCCUUUGAGCUCAACCAGAAGAGAAAUCACUAUCUGAGAGGACCUCGAAGUGGUGGCGCAAUUAGGGGGAGAUUGACUGAGAGAUUGUUGGCCCAGGGACUCCUCACGCCAGCCAUGCUGCAGGAGUUGAAGCGUGAGUGGAAUGAAGGACCAACGAAACAAUCAGACGCAAGUGACGAUGAUGAUGAUCCAAAGCCCAAGUCACGCUUCCGCAAGAGGAAGUUCAAGUGACGCCAGUGAGCUAGACAGGAAUGAAGAAGAAUAAAGACACGAGUCAUGAAGGUAAA